CGCCAAGCAUCAGCAAGCGAAGUCCUUCACGCCGUCCACAACCGCCCCUCCUCGUCGUUUUCUCUGCUGCAAGACACAAAGAGAGUGUGCCCCGCACGUCGCUCCUCUUCCUACUUGUACUCUACGUGACAUCCAUCUCACACCCCCUCUUGCCCCCUUUCGCACUCCCCCCACUCGACGGGCACUCCUUAUCGGCACCUUGGCUCGCCACUGCUGCGACCGCCGCUGCCUCAAAAUCUCCAGCCCCUCCCAGCCCCCUCAUCCCCUCGCCGCUCCGCCUGCUGCGCACCUCGCUCUCGCUGUCUCUGUCAGCAUCAACAUCACCUUCCUCCCACUCUCCCACAGCCCCAUCGCACACCGCAUCACACCAAGCACCUGCUCCAUCUUCAGGUGACACCCGUGUCAAAACCUUUAGCGAGCACCUAAAACAGCUUUGCUCUCUGUAUCACCCACCUGCGCAAUGUCCAACCCGACCGAGCAGCAUGUGCGCCCGACGCUCCCCCAGCCCAAGCCCAAGAACGUAAUCUACGUCGAUCCCGAUGGAGAGGCCAACGAGACGCUCCCGCCGGUCAACGCCAUGGCGGAGGACUACUACGGCGGCAAGAAGGUCUACCCCCGCGCGCGUACCCUCUCCAACGCCGGCACGACGGGCACGACCAAGUCUCGCCCGAUGACCAUGAACGGCGAGACGAUCCAGCGUAACCGCCGUCUCUCGCACGACGAGGUGCCUUCCGCGCCGCGCCGCUUCCUCGUCGACGUCGAGGAGACGAUCCGUCUCGUUCUCGCGCAGGAGGACACCGACAACAACUGCCAGAUCUCGAUCCACGACUCUGGCCCCAAGCUCAUCUCGCUCGGUACGGCCAGCUCCAACGCGUACCGCACGUGGGAUGUGCGCGGCAACUACAUGCUGUCCAACCUGCUCCAGGAGCUCGCCCUCGCGCGCGACUAUGGCCGCCGCUUCAUCGUGCUUGACGAGGCGCGUCUCGCCGAGAACCCUGUGGAUCGCCUGUCGCGCAUGAUCAAGAAUUCCUUCUGGAACGCCCUGACCCGGCGGAUCGACGCACAGGGUAUCGAGGUGGCGGCGGCGGAUCCCAAGAACCGCUCCCGCCGCAACAUUGCGCGUAUCUACGUGCCGUUUGGCGAGGACGAGAUGUUUGAGCACUACAAGGGCAUUGCCAAGGAGAAGCCAGAGCUCAAGCUCGAGGUCAUCCAGCUGCCAAAGGACUGUGACGACCCGCAGUACGUCAAGUCGCUCAACGAGACCCCCGGUAUCCUGGCCCUGGCCAUGAAGAAGGUCGACGGCAAGCUCGAGGCCCUUCCGUUCGUCGUCCCCGGUGCGCGCUUCAACGAGAUGUACAACUGGGACUCGUACUUUAUGGCGCUCUCGCUUCUUGUCGACGGCCGCCUCGACCUCGCCAUGGCCAUUGUCGAGCACUUCAUCUUCCAGAUCAAGCACUACAACAAGGUGCUCAACGGCAACCGCACAUACUACCUGUGUCGUUCGCAGCCUCCUUUCCUCACCGACCUUGCGCUCCAGAUCUUCAACCAGAUGGACCGCAGCAAGAUGGCCGAGAACAAGGAGUGGCUCAAGCGUGCCAUUUCGGCCGCCAUCAAGGAGUACCACCGCUACUGGAUGCAGGAGCCCGCGCUCCACAUUGGUACUGGUCUCUCGCGCUACCGCCCCAAGGGUGUCGGUAUCCCUCCCGAGACCGAGGCGACCCACUUCACCCACAUUCUCCAGCCCUACGCCGACAAGUACGGCAUCUCGGUCAACGACUUUAUCGAGGGCUACAACGACGGCAAGAUUGUCGAGCCCGGUCUCGACGAGUACUUCCAGCACGACCGUGGUGUGCGCGAGUCGGGCCACGACACGACAUACCGCUUCGAGAAGAAGUGCGCCGACCUCGUCACUGUCGACCUCAACUCGCUGCUGUACAAGUACGAGAUUGACAUUGCUUCGGCGAUCGACUGCCUCUUCGACGACAAGUUUGAGCUCGAGGAGGAGUUUGAGCUCUCGCCCUGGCCCAUCACCGAGGAGGCAUUUGCGUCGUCUGAGCGCGAGCUCUCGACCUCGCGCCCGAUGAACUCGGCCGAGUGGUACGAGCGUGCCCGCGUCCGCAAGCAGCGCAUGGACGAGUACCUGUGGAACGACGGCCGCAGCAUGUACUUUGACUACGACACGAAGAAGAAGAAGCAGUCGCUGUACGAGUCGGUCACCACCCUCUGGCCUCUGUGGGCCGGAUGCGCGUCCGAGACGCAGGCGCUCAAGACGGUGCGCAACGCCAUGCCCAAGUUUGAGGUCGCCGGUGGCCUGGUAUCCGGUACCGAGGAGUCGCGUGGCCAGAUCUCGCUCGACCGCCCGAACCGGCAGUGGGACUACCCGUACGGCUGGCCUCCACACCAGAUCAUGGCGUGGGUCGGUCUCGAGCGCUAUGGCUUCCUGGACGACGCGGCACGCCUCGCCUACCGCUGGGUGUAUAUGAUGACCGUGUCGUUUGUCGACUUCAACGGCAUUGUGCCCGAGAAGUUUGACGUUGUCGGCCUCUCGCACAUGGUCGACGCCGAGUACGGCAACCAGGGCAUUGACUUCCGCUUCGUCCCUCGCGAGGGCUUUGGCUGGAUGAACGCGGCGUACCAGAUUGGCCUGCAGUGCUUGACGACGGGCAUGCGCCGUGCCGUGGCGACGUGCACCACGCCAUGGGAGUACUUUGGCCUCCCUACCCCCGACCUCCCCGCGAUCCGCAGGCGCGAGGACCGCGCCGCGGUCGAGGAGGCAGCCAAGAAGCGCGAGCGAAGGCCUUCGGCUGCUGGCGGGCUCACGUUUGCGCAGACGCUCGACAAGCUGCGCAACAUCAAGAUUGAAGAGAAGGGCAACUUUGGCCCCAGCAGCGUGGCCGGCCCGAGCGGAACGAGCAACUAGGACUCUUUGUAGUAGCAUUGAAGGCGGCAGCCUCACCAUAGAACGUUUUACAUCAACGGCAACAGUAGCCGGAAGCGUGUGUAGAUUGUACCGAUGGAGCAUUGUGUGACGCGAGUGCGAGCGCAGCGAGCACG